AUAACACCAAAAAGCCACAGCAAGUUCCUUUCUUUUGCUUUUCUUUUGUCAUUCCUCUCUUCCUCCACUGCGGCUCCAAACAAACGCAGCUACUGUGUGUGUAUCUUUCAAAAUUCCGCAGACAACAAUCCCGCGGCUGAAUGUGCACAACAAGAUACACGAAGUAAAUUGAAUUGUACAAACAAUAAAGCCCUACAUCGAUUUUUGAUUUUGUUUUUCUCUAUAUUUGAUUCUGUUACGGAUCGUAAUCUUGAAUAUGGAACCAACCACCAUGGACGAGCAAUCGAACGAAGCGCAAGGUCAGGGCGAAGAGCCGCCAGUUCCUUCUCCGCCGCCGGCGACUGCAGAAAUUCAAUCGCAAUCGCAAGAAGGGAGAGGGGAGGACGACGAAGAGGAAGCUAAGAAUGAAGACGACGAGUUGAUUGCCAGGGCUCAUAAGUUGAUGGAGAAGAUCACCGCGUCGCCUGAUAACCCUAACCCUACCGUUCUUCAUGCCCUUGCGUCGCUUCUCGAGACUCAAGAGUCCCGAUACAUGGCAGAGAAUGGUCAUUCUUCCAGUAAUGGUCGUGGAUCUCAUAGUAUUGGAAGGCUAGGGAACGUAGUCCGGGAGAACGAUGAGUUUUUUGAAUUGAUUUCCUCAAAGUUUCUUUCAGACACCAGAUACUCAUCCUCUAUACAGGCUGCUGCUGCAAGACUUCUUUUAAGCUGUUCGCUAACUUGGACGUAUCCUCAUGUUUUUGAGGAAGAUGUUCUGGAAAAUAUCAAAAAGUGGGUGAUGGAGGAAGCUGGAAAAUUUUCUGCUGAAGAUCGCAACUGGAAACAUGAAUUAGGAGGAAAAGAGGUGUCAGAUUCUGAAAUGUUAAGGACAUAUUCUACCGGACUUCUUGCUGUAUGCUUGGCUGGUGGAAGUCAAUUGGUAGAAGAUGUUUUCACCGCUAGAUUAUCUGCAAAACUUAUGCGCUUUCUCCGUUGUCGUGUUCUUGGAGAUGUGAGUCAAAAAGAUAGUAGUCAUUUAAUAGAAGCCAAAAAUGCAUCUGGUGCUAGUGGCAUUAAAGUUAGGGAUGAAAGUCGAGUGAGGGUACGGCAAGUUUUGGAAACAUCUCAUUUAGAUGAUUCAAGAACUGCUGACGAGAGAUCUUUAGAUGAACAAGUUUUUGAUAGGGACCGUGAGAGAGGCUUAGGUAGGCUGGCACCAGGAGAAGAAUGUUGGGAUUGUGAAGAAGCACCUGAUGAGUUGGCUACUAGGGCUGAUGCCUAUGAGAUGGAUGUAGAAGGUGAAGACAGAUGGCACAAUUUAGAUUUUCGUGAUGGGAGGACAAAAUAUGGUGAGAUUGAUGACAAUGCUAGAGAGGACUCUACAAGACGCAAAGUGAGCCGUAGUAGAUCCAGAGGGAAAGGAAGAGUUAAUGAAGGUGCUCUUGAGAUUGAUCAUGCCCUCACUUCACCAAUAUCUGGUAAUAGAGGGCGGAGCGCUAGAGAAAGGAGUUCAUUUAAAAAUCUGGAUGUUAAAAAAGUACCUGGUGCUAGUGGGGCUGCUGGAAGGAUCAGUUGUGAUAUUUCUUCUAUGGAAAGAGAUGAUAAUGAUGAUUGCUACCAAGAAUGCAAAGUUGGAUCCAAAGACAUUUCUGAGCUAGUAAAGAAAGCUGUUUGUGCUGCAGAAGUUGAAGCAAGAGCAGUCGGUGCACCUUUAGAGGCAAUAAAGGCAGCAGGUGAUGCUGCUGCUGAGGUUGUCAAGAGUGCAGCUUUGGAGGAAUUUAAAACUUCUAAUGAUGAAGAGGCUGCAGUUUUGGCUGCUUCCAAAGCUGCAACUACUGUGAUUGAUGCUGCCAAUUCUGUUGAGGUUUCCAGGAGCCAGAAUAAUUCAAAUACUGUUAGUUCAGCAGAUACAGGUAUCACAGUAAAAGAAAUGAAUGAGCAGACUGAAGAUUUUUUCAUCCCAGAUUUUGACUCUCUCACACAAUUGAGAGAAAAAUACUGUAUUCAAUGCCUUGAGAUUCUUGGGGAAUAUGUUGAAGUACUCGGGCCUGUAUUGCGUGAAAAAGGUAUAGAUGUAUGUCUUACACUUCUGCAAAGGAGUUCCAAGCAUGGUGAAGCAUCAAAUGCUGAAAUGCUAUUGGCGGAUGUGAUGAAGUUAAUCUGUGCUUUGGCUGCUCAUCGUAAGUUUGCAGCACUUUUUGUUGACCGGGGUGGCAUGCAGAAACUCCUUGCAGUUCCCAGAGUUGCUCAAACAUUUUUUGGGCUCUCUUCUUGCUUAUUCACAAUUGGUUCUCUGCAGGGAAUAAUGGAACGAGUCUGUGCCCUUCCUUCAGAUGUUGUGUAUCAGGUGGUUGAGCUAGCCAUCCAGCUUCUUGGGUGCCCUCAAGAUCAGGCAAGAAAGAAUGCAGCCUUAUGUUUUGCUGCUGCAUUUGUGUUCAGAGCGGUUCUCGAUGCUUUUGAUGCUCAAGAUGGCCUACAAAAAUUAUUGGGGCUGCUGAAUGAUGCUGCUUCUGUGAGGUCUGGCGUAAACUCUGGGGCUGUAGGCCUAUCUAGUUCAGGAUCUUUGCGGAAUGAUCGGUCACCUGCUGAAGUACUUACAUCAUCUGGAAAGCAGAUAGCUUAUCAUACCUGUGUUGCUUUACGUCAGUAUUUCAGAGCUCAUCUGCUUUUGCUUGUGGAAUCUAUUCGUCCAAAUAAAAGUAGUAGAAGUGCUGCUCGAAACACUUCUAGUGUGAGGGCAGCAUACAAACCACUUGAUAUUAGCAAUGAGGCUAUGGAUACUGUACUUCUUCUUUUACAGAAGGACCGGAAGCUUGGUGCUGCAUUUGUAAGAACUCGUUGGCCUGCUGCUGAAAAGUUCUUAAACUGUAAUGGGCAUAUUACCAUGUUGGAGUUGUGUCAGGCCCCUCCUGUUGAUCGUUACUUGCACGAUUUGCUUCAAUAUGCAUUGGGGGUUCUUCAUAUAGUAACUUUAGUGCCUAACAGCCGUAAAAUGAUUGUGAAUGCAACAUUAAGCAACAAUCGUGUUGGUAUAGCUGUUAUUUUGGAUGCAGCAAGUAUCGCUAGUAAUUUUGUCGACCCAGAGAUCAUUCAGCCGGCAUUGAAUGUGCUGAUCAAUCUUGUUUGUCCUCCACCAUCAAUCAGCAAUAAACCACCAGUAGUCAUGCAAGGACAGCAAGCUAUAUCUUCCCAAACCUCUAGUACUCCUGUUGUGGAGAAUAGAGAUAGAAAUGUUUUCAUGUCUGGUCAGGGAGAUCAGAGAGAGCGAAAUGGGGAAUCGAGCGUUAUAGAUCGAGGCAAUACUUCGGUAACUGGUCAGGCUACUAAUAAUAAUUCUCAAAAUCCCAUUGCAACAACAUCAGGAUUGGUAGGGGACCGUCGAAUAUCUUUAGGAGCAGGAGCAGGCUGUGCUGGUCUUGCUGCACAAUUGGAACAAGGCUAUCGUCAGGCCAGGGAGGCAGUCCGUGCCAACAAUGGUAUAAAGGUUCUUUUGCAUCUUCUCCAUUCAAGGAUCUAUCUGCCUCCUGCCGCUCUCGAUUGUCUUCGAGCUCUUGCUUGCCGGGUCCUGCUUGGUUUAGCCAGAGAUGAUGCUAUAGCAAACAUAUUGACGAGGCUUCAGGUAAAGGUAGGAAAAAAAUUAUCAGAACUAAUUCGAGAUUCAGGGAGCCAGAUAUUGGGAACUGAGCAAGGUAGGUGGCAAGCAGAGCUAUCCCAGGUUGCUAUUGAGCUGAUUUCGAUUGUAACAAACUCUGGGCGGGCAAGUAGUGCUUUAGCAGCUAGUGAUGCUGCUACCACCACAUUGAGACGGAUAGAAAGAGCAGCCAUAGCUGCUGCUACACCUAUUACUUACCAUUCCAGGGAACUUCUUCUCUUAAUGCACGAGCAUCUUCUGGCAUUGGGAUUGACCAAAACUGCCUAUGCACUGCUCAAAGAGGCUGAAUUGACGCCUUUGCCUCCUUUAGCAGCUCCAUCAUCUCUUGCAUACCAAGCCUCCAAGCUGGAGACACCCUCAGCACAAUUGCAGUGGCCAUUCGGUCGCUCCCCAUGUGGAUUUCUUACUGAUAAAACGAAACUGUCGGCACGAGAAGAAGAUACAAGUUUGAAAUGCGAUUUCAAGUCAUGUACAAGGAAGAAGUCAUCGGUCUUCUCCCCUCACUUUGGUACACAUUCAAGGCAUCUGCCUAAAUCACUGGAAUCUUCCUCAUCAGGUAGAAAAGUUCCUAGUACUUCAAAACAAUCUGCUGCACCUCUAUCAUCCAACGAAACAACCGCAAUCAUUGAUGCUGAGUCUCAAUGUAAAACACCAAUUAUAGUGCCAAAGAAGCGGAAGUUGUCCGAGUUGAAGGAUACUGGCACCAUAUUGUCCUCAAAGCGACAUCACUCUAAUGAGCCAGGACUUCAUUCUCCAAUUUGUCCUACUCCCGUCCCCUCGCGCAAAAGUAGUCUACUGACAGAUGUUGGGUUUUCUACGCCAAGCACUUCUAACAUGAGAGAUCAGCAUGGGCGACCCACGCCGGGUUUUUGGACGGAUUGUUUGGAUGACAACCAACAAGGUAGUUCCCAUGUUGGUUUGGUUACACCAUCAUCACAUCCUGGGAAUAUAAAUGACCCUCAACCCAGCAAUAGCGAGAGGCUAACUCUAGACUCCCUUGUUGUUCAGUAUCUAAAACACCAGCAUCGCCAAUGUCCAACGCCAAUAACUACUCUCCCACCAUUGUCUCUUUUGCACCCUCAUGUUUGUCCUGAACCGAAACGAAGCCUUGAUGCCCCAUGGAAUGUAACAUCUCGGCUUGGUUCACGUGAAUUUAGAAGCAUUUAUGGCGGUGUACAUGGAAAUCGUAGGGACCGCCAGUUUGUCUACAGCAGGUUUAGGCCUUGGCGAACUUGUCGGGACGAUGCAAGUGCUCUUUUGACCUGUCUUACUUUCCUAGGGGACUCGAGAAUUGCCGUCGGCAGCCACUCUGGAGAGGUCAAGAUCUUUGAUUCCAACAGCAGCAGUAUAUUAGAGAGUUGCACCAGCCACCAGUCUCCUUUGACUCUCAUGGAGUCGUAUAUUUCCGGCGACACUCAGCUUGUGCUUUCUUCUAGCUCUUUAGACGUUAGGUUAUGGGAUGCAUCGUCCAUUUCUGGCGGGCCCAUGCAUUCAUUUGAAGGAUGCAAGGCUGCAAGAUUUAGCAAUGCUGGGAACAUUUUUGCUGCGAUGGCAUCCGAGACUGCACGACGGGAAAUACUGUUAUAUGACAUCCAAACCUGCCAGCUAGAAUUGAAACUAUCUGACACCAAUGUCAGUUCCACAGGUCGAGGGCACGCAUAUUCACUUGUACACUUCAGCCCUUCUGACACCAUGUUGCUCUGGAACGGAAUCUUAUGGGAUCGACGGGGUCCAGGACCCGUCCACCGCUUUGAUCAGUUUACUGAUUAUGGGGGUGGCGGUUUUCAUCCAGCUGGCAAUGAGGUAAUUAUUAACUCUGAGGUUUGGGAUCUCCGAAAGUUUAGACUUCUGCGAAGCGUACCUUCGCUCGACCAAACAGCGAUAACGUUCAAUGCGAGCGGCGAUGUAAUUUAUGCGAUCUUGAGGAGAAACCUUGAAGAUGUAAUGUCAGCUGUUCAUACCCGUCGUGUCAAACAUCCGCUCUUCGCUGCAUUUCGAACCAUUGAUGCAGUUAACUAUUCGGACAUUGCUACUAUCCCUCUAGAUCGUUGUGUCCUAGAUUUCACAACGGAGAAAACUGAUUCCUUUGUUGGUUUGAUCACAAUGGAUGAUCAACACGAGAUGUUUUCUUCAGCAAGGGUCUAUGAAAUUGGGCGACGGAGGCCCACCGAUGAUGAUUCUGAUCCUGAUGAUGCUGAGAGCGAGGACGAUGAAGAUGAAGACGAAGACGAAGACGGCUUGGAUCCAAUUUUGGGUCCUGAUAUGGAUGGGGAUGGUGAGAGUGAUUCGGAUGAUAUGAGUAAUGACGACGACGACAGCGUGAGCGAUCUUGAUGACGAUGACGAUGGAGAUUUUGUGAUGGAUGAUGUCGAUUUUGAUGGCGGUCCGGGAAUUUUGGAGAUUGUGACAGAGGGGGAUGAUGAAGAAGAUGAUAGUCAACUGCUGGAAUCUUUCAGCAGUGGGGACGACGAUGAGGAUUUUGUGAAUAGCGGGUAUGGCUUUUAAAUAUUACAGUACAAUCAAAACAAUCAGGUCAAUCUUGAUGUAUUUAUUUAAUUUUUAGUCAGAUUUUUUUUAGUCAAAAUAUCUUUAUUUCAACAAUUUAGUUAGAUAAAAGGAAAAGAAAAAAGAGAAAUUCUCCAUUUUCAAUCUCGACGUGUCUGGUUUUCACCUUUGAUUUUGCCUUUUGAUAACCGUCCAGAUUAUCGUUCCAACUUGAGUAUAGUUCAAUU